AUGGAAUUUUUUCUUACUUCUUAUAAUACUAUUUCUGAUAUCAAUAUCUUCACCGCUUUAUAUAAGCAAGUUGAAACAGGAGAUUGGACAGACAACAAAGAUGAAGAAUUAGAAAAUUUCAAGGAAACUCUCAAUAGGGUGAUAUGCUGGGUAAAAGAUGCCAGAGAUAAUGAGAGACUAGAACUGCUUGAAAGUUUCAGGAAAGGUGGCUUUUUGGAACAACGAAUCCUAGAUGAUACUUUAACCCCAUUUACAGAUAUAUCAGAACGAUCCGUAAAGGCUUUUAGAAAGCCGAGUAUUGAAAAAUUUAAAAUACCACCAAAUUCCACAUUAAAGGGCAUUUGUGAAAAGUUUGUUCGAAAAGAAAAAGAGAAGUAUUGUAAACCUUUUCAAAAAGUUGGAGAUCCAGAGUUUAAAAAAUUUUUAGAUAAAUCUGAAAAAUUGUGCAAAUUAACAAAUCAAAUGUUAACAGUGCUAAGUCAGGGGUCGUAUGUAUCAGAAGUUUUAUCACUAUUAAUAAAUAUUAUAAUGAGUGAUUUACCAGUAGAUUCUAAUAUAUGGGGAAUAUGGGGAGAAAAAGCAAGCUCAGCUAGUGCAGAGAGGAAGAAAUCAUAUAAUAUAGAUGUUGAAAUUGGAUACCUUGAAACAGGUCGUCUGAACUCAUCUUUUGACAAACAAAUGCAGGACCAAAAAAAAUUAAAUAGGCUUGCUAAAGAUUCUAUUGAUACAUCUAAGAAACAAAAAAUAAGGAGAAAAGUUAAAAUGUUGUCAAUGCACUACUUGACAAUAUUUACAAUCAACGUUGCCGGAGAUACCUUGGAGUUUCGCUCUGUGCGCAAAGAUUCUGGUUUAUUUAGAGUUUUAUUGCUUGAUCGAGCAAAAAUUUCUUUAGAUAUUCUAUCAAUGAAUCCAAAGCAAGUUUAUUCUCUGAUCUAUAACUUACUUUCUUUUAGAACAGCAAUUGCAUGCACUGUGCAUAAAAUAUUGUAUGGUCCUAAAAAUACUAUGGAAACGGAAUCAGUUAUUUCAACAUCCUCAAAUAUGUCAAUAUCAACGCACUCAACUGUUUCAUCACCAACACACUCAUCACAAAAAAGACCUUUCAUUGAAAUAACACG